CGUGUUAUCGCGAGAUAUUCCGCAGAAGGGCUUCAAAGUACGACGUCCAUUGUUGUUGUCCCCCAUCGCUCUUGUAUUUUUAUUUUUGCCGAAUUCGUAGACCUGUGAGGUGAAUGCUUACCUAAUUUAUUUCACAGGUGAAGUCAUACAGAGAUGUCAGAGGACUUGGUGAAACAGCUCGGCAGCUACAAAGCUCAGCUACAGCAGGUUGAGGUUGCCUUGUCCACCGACCAAGAAAAUGAGGAUCUUCUCAAGCUACAGAAAGAUCUGCAGGAAGUCAUCGACUUGACCAAGGACCUUUUGGCCUCGCAGCCCGCGGAAGCUACGCCCAGUGCCAAUGGCUCCGCCCCGGCGCCCAUCAGGCACAUCUGGAAAGUGGGAGACAAGUGUCUGUCCGUGUGGAGUCAGGACGGACAGGUGUAUGAGGCCGAGAUCGAGGAGAUAGACCACGAGAACAGCACGGCCGCCGUCACCUUCACGGGCUACGGCAACGCCGAAAUCAUCCCGCUGCAGAACCUCAAAGCCGUGGAGGACCGCAGGCGGCUCGAGGACGACCUCGGCUUGUCCAGGAACAAAUCCCGAAAGGAGCAGAUAGCCGAGCAGCGAGAAUACAAAAAGAAGAAAGCCCAGAAGAAGGUGCUGAGGAUGAAGGAACUGGAGCAGGAGCGAGAGGACCAAAAGUCCAAGUGGCAACAGUUCAACAACAAAGCCUACUCGAAAAACAAGAAAGGACAGGUGAAGAGAAGCAUAUUUGCGUCUCCGGAAAGCGUCAACGGCAAAGUGGGGGUGGGCACGUGCGGCAUCGCAGACAAGCCCAUGACGCAGUACAACGACACAUCCAAAUACAACGUCAGGCAUUUAAUGCCGCAGUAACCCCCAACCCGGCUGCGUAUCCUGUAAAUACAUUGCCCCCCUCCCCCCUCACCCGGCCGUAUACUGGAAUAAAACAGUGUUGUCCA